UAAAUCCGCAGACCGCAGCCAUAAUAACACCCGCAGACGAGCCAGCGGUCUGCGCCCACCACCAGUCCACCACCACCCACCCGCAAAGCCAACCACAGGAGCUGGAGCUGCCGCGGCCAAGGACAAUGGCGACGGCGUGGGUGCGCUCGCUCAGCUGCAGGUCCUCCUACGCCGUCACGGACGCCGCCAUCGCGCCGUCACCGGCCAAGAAGCCGCCGCCGCAGCCGCUCCCCUUCUCCUGCGCCAGCGCCACUGCGGCGGCGGCGGACGUGAUGGACGCCGUGGCGUACGCCCAUCAUCAGGCCAGGCGGAAGAAGCUGGGGAGGGAGAGGGAGAGGCGGAAGGAAACGCGAGAGCCGCGGCCACGGCCCAAGAAGAAGCCCAAGCCCAUGGCGACGAAGGACGCGGCCGCCGCCGCCGGGGCGCCGCUGUCGUUCAUGCCGUCGCCGGCGCCGGGCCCGCCCGUGAGCUCGGCGUUCCUCACGAUGGCGGAGCUGCCCGAGGGCCACUCCUCGCGGCGUGUCGUGGAGCUCAUCUUCGCGUCCGGGUGGGCCGACGCGGCGGGGCGCCCGUCGCCGUCGCCGUCGCCGGCGGUGGAGGCGCUGUUCCGCGUGCACAGCGCGCCGCGCGCGGUGGCGCGGUUCGAAGAGGCGCGCCAGGCGGCCCGCGCGCGCGGCGCCGCGGCGCGGUGCGGCGCCGACGGCAACGAGAUGAUGCGGUUCCAGUGCCGCGCGCCCGGCGGCGGGGUGUUCGGCGCGGGCGUCGCUACCUGCCGCCUCGGCGCGUCGGUCUCUGCAGUGCGCACGUUCGCCUGCAGCGGCGCCGCGCACGCCAGCGCCGCCGCCGCCACCGCCACCGCCGGCCGGCGGGCGAUGCUGGUGUGCCGCGUCAUCGCCGGCCGCGUCUGCCCCGCCAACCACCCGUCCUCGCGCCACGCCCACGGAUCCGCUGCGACCGCCUAUGACUCCGUGGACAUGGGCAACGGCGAGCUGGUGGUCCUGGACAGCCGCGCCGUGCUCCCCUGCUUCCUCAUCAUCUACAAGGUCUAGCCGCCGCCGCCGACGACGACCCGGGACCACCGGACUAGAGCACUAACCGACCACCGACCGUGACCGUUAACCCCUCCCCCGUCGUCGUUAAUCGCCACGCUGAUCGCUAGGCUUCUCUAGCAUUGUUUUGGGACUCUGCUUUUCCGGAGUGUCAGGUGCGUGUGGAUGGUAUUUGGUAUGCUAUGGUAGCAGCAGCGGCAGCAAUGGAGCCCCUGGCCCUGCCGUGCCCGUGCCCCGUGCGUGUAAAAAUCAGUACAAAAACCGCUGCCUAUUUUGGUAUAGAAACAUUUUGCUUUUGGCUGUCCAUUCAAACAGCUCC